GGCAACACUGCUAGUCUCGAUCGCACACCAAGUCGGCAAGCAGAUUUUCAGUAAAAUAAUUCUAUAGAUAAUUAUUUUACUAAUCUAAGUCAGAAUUCUUAAAUAUAAUCACUAUGAAGAUCGUCUGCAAUAAAUCGAACCCACCUUUGGGUGGUUUACUUGCAGUCGAACAUUAUAGAUCACUGGGCAAAAUUAUAGAACUGACUUGGGGAAACGAAGCUGCAGUUACCUUGCCGGAAGGUUCAAAGAAAGUGCCUUAUGGGACAAGCAAUGAUUUGAUAAGAAUUCUCGAGAAUGCAUUCAAUAAAUCGUCUCAGCCUCUUCAGAAAGUUACAAUGAACCAUUGGUUGUCAUUCAGUCUAGUUCUAAAUGAUGAAAUACCCAACUCCAUUGAAUAUUUUGAUAAAACUUUGGGGCCACUUACUUAUUUAGUAGGAGAAUCGCUAUCAGUUUCGGAUUUGGCCGUUUUCGCGGUUUUACAUGUUUCUAGCAAAUUUAAGGAGGCUAUUAAAAAGAAUCAACCAAAAAAUGUAUUGCGCUGGUUGAAAUUAAUUCAAGCACAACCAUCUGUAGCUAAGACUCUAAAAGAACUUCCUGCUGAAGUAUUAGAGAAGCUCAAUUCAAGCUCAUCCAGGAAUUCACCAUCUAAAAACACUGAGUCUGCAUCUGGUCGGCAACAAGAAGGAAAGUUUGUGGAGUUACCUCAUGCUGAGAUUGGCAAAGUUGUUGUGCGUUUUCCACCUGAAGCUUCUGGAUAUCUCCACAUUGGUCAUGCUAAAGCAGCUCUUUUGAAUCAAUACUAUCAGCAAGCUUUCCAAGGGAAACUCAUCAUGAGAUUUGAUGACACUAACCCUGCCAAGGAAAAUGCUGAUUUUGAGAAGGUCAUAUUGGAAGAUGUUGAAAUGCUCGAAAUAAAACCAGAUUUAUUCACACAUACAUCUCAGUACUUUGACCUGAUGCUGCAGUAUUGUGAGAAACUUAUUAAGGAAGGCAAAGCUUUUGUGGACGACACUCCGGCUGACCAAAUGAAGGCAGAGCGAGAACAGAGGAUAGAUAGCAAGAACAAGAGCAAUUCUGUGGAGAAGAACCUGCAGCUUUGGGAGGAGAUGAAGCGUGGUAGUAGUAAAGGAGUACAGUGUUGCGUACGCGCCGUCAUAGACAUGCAGUCCACCAACGGCUGCCUGCGAGACCCCACCAUAUAUAGGUGCAAGCCUGAGGAACAUCCCCGCACGGGCAACAAAUACAAGGUUUACCCGACGUACGACUUUGCAUGCCCGAUCGUAGAUUCAAUUGAGGGAGUGACACACGUACUACGUACAAUGGAGUACCACGACAGAGAUCCACAGUUCUACUGGUUUAUAGACGCGUUAGGUUUGAGGAAACCAUACAUUUGGGAAUACAGCAGACUUAGUAUGACAAACACGGUACUAUCAAAGAGAAAGCUGACUUGGUUUGUCGAGCAGGGAUUGGUGGAUGGAUGGGACGACCCGCGCAUGCCGACGGUCCGCGGCGUGAUGCGGCGCGGCAUGACCGUCGAGGGGCUGCGACAGUUCAUACAGGCGCAGGGCUCCAGUCGCUCCGUCGUCUUCAUGGAGUGGGACAAGAUAUGGGCCAUCAACAAGAAGGUCAUCGACCCAGUGGCGCCACGUUACACAGCGUUAGAAACGAACCAACCAGUGCCUGUCAACUUGAAGGGAGUGACUUCAGACAGCCAACUGUCAGUUCCACUCCAUCCGAAGAAUCCUUCCGUAGGCACGAAGAUAGUGUGGGUGUCUCCGCGACUGCUGAUCGACCAGGCCGACGCUCAGACCCUGAAGGAGGGAGAGAACGCCACCUUCAUCAACUACGGGAACGUCAUGAUCGACAAGAUACACAAAUCUGCAGACGGCACUGUCUCAAGUAUAGACGGCACACCAAACUUGGAAAACAAAGAUUAUAAGAAAACGCUCAAACUCACGUGGUUAGCGGACACUGCGCAUGCGCCGCCCGUACAAACCUACUGCGUAUACUUCGACCACAUCAUCAACAAGGCUAUUCUGGGCAAGGACGAGGAUUUCAAACAGUACAUCGGGCAUCAAACUAGAUGGGAGGUACCGAUGCUCGGCGAGCCGGAGCUCGGUAGUGUGAAGCAAGGCGACAUAAUCCAACUGCAGCGGCGCGGCUUCUUCCGCGUCGACGUCUCGCCGGCGCCUAUAUCCGAGCAUACGACGCGUGCUCGCCCGCUCGUUCUAUUGCACGUGCCCGAUGGAUCUACUAGGGAAGCACCGGGGCAGCCGAAACAAGCCACUAGUGUACAAAACAAACAGCCUGCUGCAGCACCCGCGCCCUCAUCUGAUGCCGCGGCGCUCAACUCCCAGAUUACUGCCCAGGGAGACCUCGUGCGGUCUCUCAAGACUGCGAAAGCCGAAAAAGCCAAAGUCGACGAAGCCGUCAAAGUCCUUUUGGACCUAAAAGCAAAAUAUAAGGCUGCCACUGGACAGGACUGGAAGCCUGGUGUGACUCCUACGGCAACUCCAUCAGCGGCGAUCCCAUCAGGCAACUAUCAAGACCUAGACCAACAGAUCACCAAGCAGGGCGACCUCGUCCGCUUGCUGAAGGCAGCGAAGGCCGAAAAGGCUAAGGUUGACGAGGCCGUGAAGACCCUAUUGGAACUCAAAGCCAAGUACAAAGCUGCCACAGGAAAGGACUGGAAGCCAGGAGUGGCACCACCAGCAACAACAACAACGUCGACAGGCAACAACGAAUUAGACCAACAGAUCGUCAAGCAAGGCGACCUCGUCCGCUCACUGAAGGCUGCCAAGGCCGAGAAGGCUAAAGUCGACGAGGCCGUUAAGGCCUUACUCGACUUGAAAGCCAAGUAUAAGGCUGCCACUGGACAGGAUUGGAAACCUGGCACAAAUCUGGCGCCAGUAGCUAACCAAUCAACCACCAACAGCCAAGAUUUGGACCAACAAAUCACCAAGCAAGGUGACCUUGUUCGCUCUUUGAAGGCCGCUAAGGCCGAAAAGGCCAAGGUCGACGAAGCCGUCAAAGUUUUAUUAGACCUCAAGGCCAAAUAUAAAACAGCUACAGGACAGGAUUGGAAACCAGGGUCUGUGGCUCCAUUGCAACAAUCUAACGCCAGUGCAGAAGCUUUGUCCGCACAAAUAGCGGCGCAGGGCGAAAAGGUGCGCAAACUCAAAGGCGAGAAGGCUGACAAGGCGACUGUUGACGCUGAGGUGAAAACGUUGCUGUCGUUGAAGGCGCAGUACAAGUCGGUCGCGGGCAAAGAUUGGACGCCGAACGCAGCGCCCUCUGCCGCUAACAAAAAAUCUCAGAAUCCACCAGCAGCUGUUCCUACAAUGAACGGCGCGGGCGACCAGGCGACGGCACUCGCGGCCCAGAUCGCCGCGCAAGGGGACCUCGUCAGGGACCUCAAGGCCAAGAAGGCUGAAAAGGCGAAAAUAGAUGAGGAAGUGAAGAAGCUGCUAGAACUGAAGGCGCGCUAUCAAACGGAGACGGGAGCAGCGUACGCGCCGCCCGCGCAACCGCGCGAACCAAAACAGAAGGAGAACAAACAGAAAGAUAAUAAACCGAAGGAGACCAAAUCGAAGGAAGCCAAACAAAAGGAGCCGUCUCCAAAGCCUAACAAAGAAGAGACAUCGACAGGACCAAAGAAGAUCACUAGGCUAGGUUUGGAAGCGAGCAAAGAUGUAGAUCUGCCGGAGUGGUAUACUCAAGUCAUUACCAAAUCCGAAAUGAUCGACUACUACGACAUCUCGGGCUGCUACAUCCUGCGGCCGUGGUCGUACUGCAUAUGGGACCGGAUAAGGAACUUCCUCUCCGGGGAGUUCAAGAAGUUAGGCGUCAAAGACGGAUAUUUCCCUAUAUUUGUAUCAAAGGCCGUACUAGAGCGCGAGAAGACUCACAUAGCCGACUUCGCACCGGAAGUGGCUUGGGUUACGCACUCCGGCUCCUCAGAGUUGGCUGAGCACAUCGCGAUCCGGCCCACAUCCGAGACCGCCAUGUAUCCGGCGUACGCGCGCUGGAUACAAAGCCACCGCGACCUGCCGUACAAACUCAACCAGUGGAACAACGUCGUGCGAUGGGAGUUCAAACAGCCGCAGCCUUUCCUUCGUACGCGCGAGUUUUUGUGGCAGGAGGGACACACCGCCUUCCGAACCCCGCAGGAAGCUGGAGAAGAAGUGCUGCAGAUAUUAGAUCUGUACGCGCGCGUGUACGAGGAAUUGCUAGCCAUCCCUGUCAUUAAGGGCAGAAAGACAGAGAAAGAAAAGUUCGCGGGUGGAGAUUACACCACCACUGUGGAAGCGUACAUUCCGGCCAGUGGACGCGGUAUACAGGGCGCGACCAGUCACCACCUCGGGCAGAACUUCUCCAAAAUGUUCGAGAUAGUGUAUGACGACCCCGAGACUCAUGAAAAGGCGUAUGUCUACCAGAACUCGUGGGGUAUCACCACCAGGACUAUAGGUGUGAUGGUACUGGUGCACGGUGAUGAUCGAGGUUUAGUAUUGCCCCCACGCGUCGCAGAGAUCCAAGUGAUAGUGGUCCCGUGCGGUAUAACCGCGUCCAGCAGUGCCGAAGACAGGAAGAGUCUCAUCGAAUCGUGCACAGCCCUCGUGGGGGAAUUCUUGGCUGCGGGGAUCCGAACCGAGGGGGACUAUAGGGACAACUACUCGCCCGGCUGGAAGUUCAACCAUUGGGAACUUAAGGGUGUUCCGAUUCGCGUCGAAUUAGGGCCUAAAGACAUGGCGAAAGGCGAGAUAGUCGCAGUGCGAAGACUGACGGGCGACAAGCUCACUCUGAAACGGACGCAGGCGCCGGCCGAACUCUCCGCUUUACUGGAGAGAACGCACGACGAAAUGUUCGCCAAAGCAACAAAGGACCGUGAUGCAAGAUUAUCAGUUCACACAAAAUGGAAUGAUUUCACUGAAGCUUUGGAGAAGAAGCACAUACUCAUGGCACCAUUUUGUGGAGAAAUACCUUGCGAAGACAACAUCAAGAAGGACAGUGCGAGGACUGAUGAUGAUGCAACCACUGAUGUCAAAGCACCAGCAAUGGGUGCUAAAUCUUUAUGUAUACCAUUUGAGCCUCCACGUCAGCUUACCGACUCUGAUGUCUGCAUCCACCCAGCAUGCAAGAGCAAACCGAAGUUCAUAACAUUGUUUGGUCGCAGUUACUAAAUACUGUCUAACAAAAAUAAAAAACAAAUUUUUAUAAAUAAAUAAUUUAUUGUUUCAUAAAAUA